GGAGAGAAGUUAGCGCAGUGCCACUGACUCUCUCCAGACAUUUCAAACCAACAGGAGGAUUUCACUGUCUCCUGGCUGCUUUAAAAUAAUAUUUUGAACUGAACACCUUGUGGAGUGUAAUAGAGUGUUGCUUUGAAAUCAGUGGUAAACGAGGACUUCAUUUCUAAUUCAUCUAUGAAUUUUCAAAGACCAUCACUGCAACUUUUCCGCUACUAGGAGGGAAGAGAAUCCAGCUGACUUGCUGUUGGUGACUGACUUCUUUACGGCACCUGGUCUGUAACGCCAACACACACGCACACACACACGCGCAGUCUACCUGGACAGGUAAGCAAGAGAGGAAAAUAAAAAGACGUGGGAGUGGGCCAGUGAUAAUACACCCACUGCAACAGGCAACGGUGGAGAGAGGGCCGCGCUUCCUGUGCAACCACGUCUGGUCUACGCCGAUGCCGGAUGGACCAUUGGAUCAAGACCCAGUAGAGCCGGCUCCUAACGAGUUUUACAUUCCACGAGAUAUAAGAACAAUAAGCAGUGAGGCGUCGAGUUCUUGUCUCGGAGUAAAGUGAGACUUGGAGUUCUUGUCUCGGAGUAAAGUGAGACUUGGAGUUCUUGUCUCGGAGUAAAGUGAGACUGAGAGAGAAACAGGAGAGAUACGUAAGCCAGUAGAGAGAACAACAAGUGACAUUUUAACGUGUUUACAAGUUGAAGGAUACAAUGUAAAGAACGUAUUGUACUCUAUAGUGUUCAGACCCAUGAUACAUAACAGGGGCUAGGUGUUUGUGUACAAUGACGCGAUUCCCUAAGAGCGUGUUUUGAUCAAUCGCUAAAAACAGAAAAGCAAGAAAAGAAAAAAAAAAAUGUCUUCAAGAAGUUUGCUGUCCAUUUUGCUGUCCAGAAACUUCUGCCUGGUCAUCUCGUUGACCGUCUGUUCGCUCCUGGAGGUGAUCUCGGCCAGGGCCCAGAACUUCAACGAGGACAACUACAACUACUAUUACAACUACAACAACAAUGCAGGGGAGUAUCUCAGCGACUGGAAUCAAAACGAGUGGGGCAAGAUGAGCGGCCGGAGCCUGUCGUCCAAGUGUGUGGACAUCCCCAGCAACUUGACCCUUUGCCACGGCAUCGGCUACACCCGCAUGCUGCUGCCUAACAUUCUGGAUCACGACUCCCUGAACGAGGUGACCCAGCAGGCCGCCUCCUGGGUGCCUCUGGUCAACAUCAACUGUCACCCGGAUGCUAAGGUGUUUCUAUGUUCAUUGUUCUCACCCGUGUGUCUGGAAAGACUCAUUUAUCCUUGCAGGUCCCUCUGUGAAGGAGUACAGGCCAACUGUGUUGGUAAUAUGAAGGCGUUUGGCUUCGACUGGCCGGAUAUGUUGAAGUGUGACAAGUUCCCAUUGGAUAAUGAUAUGUGCAUCAAACUGAUUCAUGAUAAGAAACCUGACAACAACUGCUCGGCUUGCAAGCAUCCGCUCACACACGAAGCCAUGAUUGCUGAUUUCUGUCGGCUUGAAGUAGCCAUGCGGGUACAGAUCAAAGAGUUCCGUAAUGUGAACGGAAACAAGGAACUCAUCCUGAAAAACAAAAGGACAUUCUUCAAGGGAGAGAAGCUCUUCAAAAACGCGCGCCAGCUGACGGCGGUGAUCGAAGGCGGGGCCAGCUGCACGUGCCAGACCAUCAACUCCACAACGGAGCGCUACAUGUUGAUGGGCAUCAAGAGAGACGACAAGAUCAUCGUCAAGUUCGGGAUGCUCUGGAACAAGAAGGACAAAGAGUUCAAAAAAGGGUUCAAGGCCAUCCACAAGGGCAACACGUGCGAGGGCAUCUUCCGGGAAAUGGUUGUGAACGGGGAAACGAAACCUCCUAGCGGCACCGGAACCACACAGGGCGCUAAGGACACCGGGAAGAAACCAAGCAAAAACAAAAAGGGCGGGAAAAACCAGAAACCUCCGAAAAAAGGAAAACAGAACACCAAAAAGAAUAAAAAGGGAAACAAGGAGAAAGAGAACGAUAAGGAGAAGAUGAAAGACAAAAAAGGAAAGAAAGGAAAGGAUAAGGUCAAGACAACCUCGGGAAACACCGCCAACCGAAGAGACACUAUGUCCAAAACAGAGCUGGAAGAUCGGGCGUUGAGUAAUUUCAUGAAGGUGGCCAACUGACUACCUGGCCAAUCCAUUGACGAUCUCACGUUUGAUCUGAUGGGCUCACCCUAAAACCUGCUUCAGAAGUUUCGAAACAAUUCUAUGAAUAGACAAAUCUCAACAGUUCUAGAAAGAGAGAGCAUUCGUUUAAUUAAAAAAAAAAAGGUGAAGAAACGAACUUUGGAGAAAUCUGUCAAACGUGUGAAUUCAAACAAAUAUUAUGAUCAGGAGCUAGCGGAGAUGUGCCAGAAUGACUUUUUUUUUUGGCAAUGCCAAAUAAUUUUCCAAAUAAUCAAAAUAAAAUAUUGGCCAGUAAUUUCUGCUUCUAAAACUGCAGUGAUUCCAUUGCUGCAGAUGUUUUAUUUACUCAGUUCCAUUUAAUCCCCUAAGAAAGAAAGGCAUUUAGUUGAGGUCUUAUUUGGCACAAGUCUUGUUGCUUGAGCACAGGCUGAAGAGGAAAUCUUCCAGGAAUUAAACGGGAUGAGAAAAGGUCAUCUGAGUCGACAUACCUUUGUCUCAGUAGUGACCAUGUGAAGACAUUGUCCACGCCUAUAUUAUGACCUUGGGAAGGUAUUGCCCACGUCACGGAAAUGACCUUGUGAGGAUAUUUUCCAAGUCACUGUAAAAACUCAUAGCAGCGACCUUGGAAGAUAUUGCCAAGUUAAUAUAAGGAAGUUUUGAAAGUAUUGACCACGUUACUAUACUGGCCGAUAAUGAAUGCCAAAUGACCUUCAAUGACCUGAUCAUGAUAAUAAUUGCACUUGAUCAAGCUCGUCAAUGGAUUUGUUCAUUCUGAACUGACAAAAUAUGUUCAACCUCAUUUUAUUUUCUUUGUGUUAGACAGAGCGAUAAAUCAAAAAAACGGUUUAUCAGCGAAGAAAACAUUUAGUUUGAUAUCAUGGGAACUGAAGAAAGAUUGGCUUCUGCCAGACAUUUUCACAGACAUUCGAUCAGACGUCGUGAUGACGUGUCUUCGACGUCAUGACUGAAAGGCCUGGUGACGUCCUGACGACGGCCAGUGUUGCUGAUGAUACAUUUUGUUAACUCAUAAUUUAUUGCUGUUUCUAUUUUGUUUGUUUAGCAUUUAGACAUGAGUAUUUAUGUUCUUUGUGUUGUGUCUAAUGCUACGAGAUGUACUGCUAUUAUGUCUUAUUAUGUUAGGAUCUAAACUAUAACAAUUUACUGAUAAAUACAAUAACUGAAACGGUAACAAUAAAAGGCUUGCGUCUGAUCCAGGCCAACGUUCCUUGUCUUUUCAAGAGUUACCAAACAGUCUCAACGAAGAUGCUUUCAUGUCUUACAAUACUGCAACAUAUUGAAGAACCCCUCUCUCUUUCUCUCUCUCCUUAUACUUAUAAUUUGUGUGUGUGUUUUUUUUUUUCUUAAAUUCUUUUUCGGAUUCGGGGUGAUUGACUGAAGCCCGAAGAAAAUGGUUGGUCUUUACAUUUAUUUGUAUACUUCCAAGUUUUGAGAUUUCUCAGACUAGAAUAGAAUGCGCCUCAACUUGCUGCAGGUCACAGCAAACGAGUUUCUUGGUAGCUUCCUUUUUUUUUAAAUGAUUAUUUUUUGUGUAGUCUAAAUUGCUCUAGAUGUCUAUUUUGUGAUUCGCUGUGUUUACUAAUCAAAUUGUAAUUAUUUAUAAACUUGUAUAUAUUGUUCAGAAGAAGCCUCCUAGCAAUGUUAAACCUGUGUAUCCAUUGAAUAUGUACAAGGACAAACUGUAUUUAAAACGUUUGUGGUGUUUUGAUACUUCGCACGAUCGCAUUCCCGAAGUUUGUGCUAGGGAAUGUAGGCCUGUAAAACUGCUUUUGUUUCACGAGUUGACUAGCUAUCGAUUCCUUUUUGGAAAGCAUACAAGUAAAGCGAGGGGAUAAGACUUUCAAAUACAAUUUUAAACAUAAACGUAUACACCUAUUUAUGAUCAUCUGUCCAAUGUUUAACCAUGUUUACCUAGCCGUAAGAGAAACAGAGUACACAGAUGGAUAUCUAGUGAUUACUUUCUAAUUUGAACACAAUUCUGUCUUUUGUUUCACGCUGCAAUAAGGUGUUUACUAUCAGCUCCACGUCUCGCUACAUCUCUUUUACAACGUAUGGAUUGCUGUCAACAAGUUUGAAAGUUUGACUCGAAACAAAUUUGUUUGUAAAGACGACUGAGUCUUUAUGGUGUACACCUAGAGGAACAUGUGAUGAGUUCAAGAGGAACAUGUGAUGAGUUCAAGAGGAACAUGUGAUGAGUUCAGCCAUUCGUUUGGCGAAUGAUAAUACUAGAGCUGGACAAAUAAUUUGACCAGGCAUAAUUUGACCAGGCAUAAUUCUCAGCGCUUAGAUGUGUAUUUCAUUGACAAGUUUUGUUUUUUUUUGUUAUUGUUAUUCCGUUGUUUUUAAUGCUGUUUUUUUUUUGUUAACCCGUGCGAUUGACUUGAUCUUUUCGACAACACCUGGGCUGCUCUACAUUUGAUGACCGCCUGGUGGAAGGGUUAUACGCUCUGGAUUGUCAUCUCGAUGGGUCCGGGUUCGAAUCCUGCCUGCCGCAAUCCCCGUCUUCCUCUGGGAGGUUUGGGCUAGAAUGUAAUCUUCAAUUCUGAAGGAACACCUGUAACAUGUUUAAAAAAUUGACUUGAUUGUUUCGACAAUUCCUACAUUGACUUGAUUUUUCUACAAUACCUGCACAGUUCUAGAAUUGAUUUAAUGUUUUCAACAAAACCUGCUUUGCUCGACUCUGUAAUGUGUUUGUGAUUUGAUUUCUUAACUCUCCUAUUUUCUUAAAACCCAAUGUUUUGUUUGUUCCUAUAUUCUCAUUUAUUCCUACUGUUAAGUAAUGUUCUAAUUCUGUUGUUUGUGUUCUUCAUUGUUACAAUGUUUUAUUCUUUGUUCACUGACUAAAUAUUUGUAAAUAAAAGUGUAUAGUCUCGUAAUGUUUCCUUAGCCUCGCUUUAGGUUCUUCAUAUAGUUCGGAUUGUUGGGGGGGGGGGGGGGGGCGUAUAGCAAUAGGCCCCAAUAGUUCAGCAUUUAAUCCUAGAGAAAUACAUUAGUAAUGUCUUAUUUGUUUCACUUUAUCAGAAAGUAAUCAUAUUUUUGAUUAAUAUUCAGUAAUAACAAAAUGAUGGCUUUCUUUGGAUCAAGACUUACGAAAAAAAAAAAAAAACAUAAGCACUGACCUAUAGAAUGCUAUACAUAAAUCAUACGUGUACAAUGAUAGUAUAGAUGUGUAGAUUUGUAUAGGUCUUGGUAACCGUAUAUGUAGGCUAUAUGUAUUUUUGAUAGGUCUUCAUAGUGACAUGUAUGUAUUAGAUCUGUAGAGCUCUUUAUUCUCAUAGGUAUGGAUUUGAUUCAAAGUAGAUCUUUCUUGAUCUUUAUGUCAUAUUUAAUGUACACGGUGAGGCCGAAAGUUGGAUAAAUAGGCCUAUCACUUUCUGACGGAAUUUCUUGAAUGGAAAUACAACUAUUGAACAUGCUGAUUUUUUGUUUGCUGGCUAGUAAAGAGUCAAAGUAAAGACAAUAAGAAGAGAAUGACUAAAUAGUCUCUCACAUACACCGGACACAUUAAAGACAAACACUGUAGAUAAUACAUACUUUACAUAUUUGUAAAGACAAACACUGUAGAUAAUACAUACUUUACAUAUUUGUAAAGACAAACACUGUAGAUAAUACAUACUUUACAUAUUUGUAAAGACAAUGCAGACACAAAGCACCAAAAGGUUUUUAAACUAAUUAUGCAUAUUGUACAUACUAUAUACACGGUACACACACUGCAUAUGAUAAACUCACUUCACAGACACAACACACACUCCGAAGGGCUACACAUUAGACCUAACUUCAAAAGCUGCACAUAUACUACACACACACAGCCUUUGGUACACAAAUUGCAAAUUCAACACACAUAUUACAAAAGGUAGAAGACAUUUCACAUUUCGGCAUACACUACACACACUGCACGUUGUAGGCCUAAUGGCAUACACACUGCAUACUAAACACACCUAAUUUUUUAUGGAACGAUCGAUCUAAAUUUUCUCUACAGUAAAAUAUUUUUGGAAGGUGUUUAGAAAGAACAAAAGGUUCUGGUCUAAUGCUAAGCGCAGAAGUGACCAAAUUACACACCCAGAUCUAGGAAACAUAUAUACCUAGAUCUUCAGAGUGUAUCUAUAGCUGUUGCUAAAUAUUCCAACCAGAUUUAGAGGAACAAAAAGGAAGAAGAAUAGCUUGCUGACUGCUUCUCUCGUCUGCUGUGAUAACGUGGGGGAAAUUUUUUCGUCUUUUAUUAUUAUUAUUUCUUUUUUUUUUUUUUUUGCCCGUGCAUUAUUUUCAAGAUAAGGAAGACAUGUUGAAUGGAUAUACCUGGAUCUCCUUGAGGUGGCUGCUGUAGCGGUCUAGACGCUAGAUUUGGAAGGAUAUUUUUAGAAAGCUGUCGAAAUAUUGGAUUGUAAGGAAGAAAAACUUAAACUAAUCGGCCUGGGGUUACCCACACACACACACACACACACACAAACACACCAACCACCACCAGCAAAAAAAAAAAUAUGAGAAAGGUGCUAUAGAGAAAGAAAAGAAAAAAAAAGGGGGGGGGGUGGGAAUCGAGUAGUGAGUUAAUAUUUUUAAAAAGGCUUGGACCUGCUUUGGUGUUAUCAUUAAGCGAUUCAGGCAGUGGUUAUUUUUUUUUACGUCAUAUGUCUGGGUUGAACUGGGGAUAGAAGUUCCAUUACAACUGUGUUCAUUGGAUUAAAUUUCUGUUACUUCUGUUCGUAGUAGCUUCUGUCAUUGGGAGCAAAAGGCGAAAGAAAUCAACGAUGUUUACAUAUUUAAAAAAUAAACGAAUGCUUGCUGUUUAGAUUUGUAGAGAUAUGUAGCGAAAAGAAAGUGAAAGGGCUUUGUUGGAAUAGUACAGAUUUAGAAGAGAUAUGUAGCGAAAAGAAAGUGAAAGGGCUUUGUUGGAAUAGUACAGAUUUAGAAGAGAUAUGUAGCGAAAAGAAAGUGAAAGGGCUUUGUUGGAAUAGUACAGAUUUAGAAGAGAUAUGUGGCGAAAAGAAAGCGAAAGGGCUUUAUUGGAAUAGUACAGAUUUAGAAGAGAUAUGUGGCGAAAAGAAAGCGAAAGGGCUUUGUUGGAAUAGUACAGAUUUAGAAGAGAUAUGUAGCGAAAAGAAAGUGAAAGGGCUUUGUUGGAAUAGUACAGAUUUAGAAGAGAUAUGUGGCGAAAAGAAAGUGAAAGGGCUUUAUUGGAAUAGUACAGAUUUAGAAGAGAUAUCGUUAAAGGUAGAUUAUUUACUAAACAAAGUCGAAUAGAAAAGUAAAACUCAUGAUGUAUUUUUUGAAAAGAGUUCAUAGAUCAAUGUCUCCCAUUCUCGUUUGUUUGUAUCUAAAAUUGUUUUGGAGAUUUGGUCAGAAAUUCAAUAUGUUGUGAAAUCAGUCAAUAAAACAUAUCUAGUUCUACUGUUGUAA